AUAUUCAUCACCGCUGCUCUUUAAAUUUCAUUUCCACCAUCAAUCCACUUCGCUUCAUUAAUUUAAUUAAAGCAACCAAAAGUAUACCAAAAAGAAACUCAAAAAAACUCCCAAACCCAAAACCCAAAAACUUAUGGAACAACAACAAGAAACGCCACCAUUUUGGCUUCAAGCCACCGAUCACCACCACCACCACGGCGGCGAACGCCGCCUCAAAAGACAAGCAUCCUCAAUCUUCCUAAACUCCGGUGUCAUUCUCAUAGUCUUAUUAGUCACUGCUUUUGUUUUUAUUUUCAUUAUAGUCCCUAAACUUUUACAUUUCACCUCUCAAAUCUUUAACCCAAAUGUAAUCAAGAAAAGCUGGGAUUCACUUAAUCUUGUCUUAGUGUUGUUUGCUGUAGUGUGUGGAUUUCUUAGUAGAAACAACAUUAAUAACAUUAAUGAUAAUACUACUCCAAGGUAUAAUCAAAGAUCAUCGGAGCCGUCAACUCCUUCUCGUAGAUGGUCUGAUCAUCAGAAUUAUCAAGAUCGGACGGUGAAUAAUAACUAUAGUAGCUUCAAUAGACUGAGAAGUUUCAGUUCGUACCCAGAUCUAAGACAAGAAUCUUUGUUGGUAAACAAUGAUGAACGGUGGAGAUUCUAUGAUGAUACUCAUGUUAAAUUUUCAAGCUCUUAUUAUCAAGAAAAUCUGCCGAAGCAAGAUCAAGAACCUGUAAAACAAGAACAAGAACAUGAAAAACAAGACUUGGGUAUUAAAGAUAUAAGCGUUGAGACUUCUAUACCACCGUCUCCUCCUCCGGCGCCGCCGUCAGUGACACCUCCGAAGGUGGUGACGAAGAGUGGUAACUCUACUGGGAGAAGGAAGGUGAAAAGAACAUUUCACGAUCUUGAAAAGAGAAAACAAGAUAAAGAAGUGGAAGUUGUCGAGAACUACUAUACACCAAAACCACCACCUUCUUCUCCUCCACCACCUCCGCCUCCUCCGCCGGCGGCGGCCAUUUCAAGUCAUGACAAAAGAAGAGGUAAAGAUUUGUUGAUCUCACUGAGAAGAAAGAAAAAGAAGCAGAGACAAAAGAGUGUUGAGAAUCUUGAAAGCUUAUUCGAGUCUCAAACUGUUCCAUCUUACAUUACACCACCACCUCCUCCGCCACCUCCGCCGCCGCCACCUUUCUUUCAAAAUCUUUUCUCAACCAAGAAAAGCAAACUCAAGAAACAUAAACAUCACUCAGCACCACCACCACCACCGCCUCCUCCGCCACCAGCACAACCUUCUAACUCCUACAAAUCAAGAAUCACCGUUCAAGAUUCAGCAAUCACAUCCUAUACAGAGAGCGGCAAUGCAUCACAUGCACCGGUAAUAUCAAUGCCUCCACCUCCUCCUCCUCCGCCGCCGCCUCCAUUCAAGAUGAAACCGUGGAGAUUUAUUCAAGAUGGUGACUAUGUUAGAGUGGCAAGUUUUAACAGUUCAAGGAGUGGAUCGCCUGACUUGGACAGUGAAGACCCGUCAGACAAAGAAUCUAGUCCAAUGGGUGAAUCGACAGUGCCGUCAAUGUUUUGUCCGAGUCCUGAUGUUAAUACUAAAGCUGAAAAUUUUAUUGCAAGAUUUAGAGCUGGUCUCACAUUGGAGAAGGUUAAUUCUGUUAAAGGAAGAUCCAAUCUUGGCCCAGGUAGAGUUGAAGGUCAAGGCACAAGUUAAUUUUCUUAAUUUUUUAAUUUUUUAAAAUUUUGGAUGAGGUCUUGUUGAUUUUGAGUUGAUUUUAACACAUACACAUGAAAUUAAUUAUACAUUUUGUUUUAAA